AAAGUGCUGAUCAGUGAGCUGUUACAAAGCUUUAAUCCUAAUAAACUACUAUGGUCAUUGACUCAUUGCCUCCGCCCCCCACCACUGUCUGUCACUACUUCAACUGUUCAACUUCACAAAUGCGUCAAAAUGAUAAGGUCUUCGUUAGUCACUCCUCAUGUUGACCUCUCGAAGGUUGAAGCAAUCAAUCAAAAGAGAACACUUGCAUUUAUUAAUCACUGGGUGUUGCACACAGUUGGCUUCCUCAAUCAGUUUUCAGCAGUAUGCGAAGAAAGGUUGAUAUCGCUCAACACAAAACUUCGAAGAGCGGAUCAGUCUCUUGCUAUUCUGGAAGCCAAGUUAAAUUCAGUUCCUGAUCUUGAAGGAGUUAAUGCACCAACUAUAGAAUCAGUUCAGCCAUCAGAUAAUACAGAUUCAGCAGCAACUACUGAAUCAAACUCGUUACACAAUCAGACACUGCCAGGAAUCUUAUCAGUAGAAGCAGGCGAAACUCAGUCAGAGGAAUCUAAACCCCAUUUCCAGGAGGCAAACAAAGAGGAAAAUGAAGGCCCUCAGUCUCUAGAGCCAGUAGCCUGUCCUGUUAGUAAAGACCCACGUUUUGCAUCAUAUUUCAAGAUGUUAGCUGUAGGUGUGCCACUGCCAGCAGUGCAAAUGAAAAUGAGAAAUGAAGGGCUUGACCCUUCUAUUCUUGAAGACCCAAAUGCUCCAGCUCCUCCACCUAGUGAUGAAAAUACACAACUACAAGAUUCUGAUAGUAGUUCAGUAUCUUCAUUUAGCGAGUAAAAGUUACCAAAUACCAGAAUAGCCUUUUCCAUUAAAACUAAAAUGGAAGUAAUCUGGAUUCCUGUCACUUGUCUAGGUUUUAGUAGAAUUUGCACUGUGGGUUUCAUUUAAUUAGUGAUUUACUAUUAUGUUGACAUUUUUCAUUUGGCUAGAUUUUCUUCCUCCUUUCUCUGUAAGUACAUAUGCAACUCAUUUCUUUCUGUAAGGUAUAAGUAAUGUAUGAAUAACAAUUUAUGAAAUUUUCCUAGGUAGAUUUGGACAAUCAAUACAGUAUAGUAUUAUAUUUUAUAACUUCUAGAUUAUCCAUAAUUUGGACAAUCAACACAGUAUAGUUAUAUUUUAUUACUUUAGAUUAUCCAUAAUGUUUGAAAGGUAAAUUAUUAGUUAUGUACUACAAUAAAAACUAACGUUUGUGAUCACAAA